AUGAAGGUCACCGUCAUGCUCCUCCUCGGCGCCGCGGCGCUGGGGUCCGCAAGCCCCGUGGCAACGGACAUGCUCUCGAUGCAGGCCCGGGACGGUCAGGGCGGCGGCUGCGACUGUUCCAAGCCCUUCUACGCCAAGACCGGGUUCUGGGACUUCAAGUGCGCGGACGGCUACGAGAACUUGUCCCUGUCAUCCUUCUCGAUGUCCUGCGCGCAGGCCGGCUGCGCCAGGGAGAACUUUGACUCCCAGUGCGAUGCUGGAAAGAAGAAGGGCGAGGUGAAGAAGGAGGAGGAGGUGAAGAAGGAGGAGGAGGUGAAGAAGGAGGAAGUAAAGAAUGAGGGAGAGACCAAGGGAGAGAACAAGGAGGAUGAGGUGGAGAAGUAUGGGGAGGAGAAGGAAGUAAAGAAGGAGGAGAAGGAGGAGAAGCCGAUGCCAACCUCCUCUUCAACCUCUGCACCUGCCGCCCGCGCCUAA